AUCUUAAAUUAUAAAAAAUUUCAGAAAUGGCUGAAUGUUCAAGUUCUUCUGAGGAUUUAACUGAAAAUGUUGAACACCUAAACAGUAUUAUUCAACAGCUUGGGGAGGAGGAAGAACAUGAGAAGGAGGAGAAAGAAGAAAAGGAGGAAGAGGAAAAUGUGGAGGAAAAAGAAGAUGUUCAACAUAAUAUACCUGAGGGAAAAAGUACAAGAUCCAGUGUGAAAGCAGUUUUAGAGAAACUGAGUGAGUUCCUAACCGAGAACAACCUGGAGCACCAAAUACAGGAGGAGAGGAAGGAUAUAUCUAGAAAAAUUGAACUCAAGAAUGAAGAAAUUUCACAGAAAAGAGAAACGCACAGGCAUAAGUUAAACGAAGUACAUGAAGCAUACAAACGAGAAAUCCAACGAGAAAACGAGAGACAUGUUGAGGACCUUAAAGUAACUGAGAAGGAUAUUUCUAAUCUACGAAACCAGCUGGAGGAGUUAGAGCAGCUCAAUAUAGCGGUCAGCUCGAAGAUACCCUGCUCACAAACUAACAGUGUUUCCUCAGAACGUGAGCAAAGGCGAGUUCGAGAAUUGCUUGAGUGUCCUGUCUGCCUGGAGGAAAUGAGACCACCUAAGAAAAUAUUUCAGUGCACAAACGGUCACGUGAUAUGUGAACUGUGCAAGAGUAAUCCUGAGGUUCGCUCCUGUCCAACCUGCCGCGUCAAAUUUAGAGGACACAAUGUUGUAAGAAAUAUCGUUGCUGAACAAUUAGCAAGGAAUACAUUUGAUGGAUCUGAUGCAGAGGAUCAAAUAAACACGAGAUCUUCACACACUAGAGAAAGUAAUCCUGUUGAGUUCCCUGGGCAGCAGAAUCAAGAUUUUCAUUUGUUUGAUCUUCUUCAUCAAACCUGGAGACAAGAUGAAGAGGAUCAAGAGAGAGAGGAGGACGACGACUUUCUUGCCUGGGCGAGGAUUGUUGGCACAGAUGAGAGAAGUGAAAGCUCUGGCGGAGGAAACUAUCAUCGGCGUCUAGCUGACCAGCAGCAGGGAGCAGACAGUAGGGUAGAGAUGGAGGUUUUAUCUAAUAUGGCCAGGGAUAUUGGAGGAACACAGAGACUUAGAGAAACUCAUCUUACAAGGACUUAUAGACCUAACUCAAGGUAUAUUCCCCAUCAUCAGUGGAGGCAGAGGACGGCUAGAGCCGAAGAGGACGCAGAGGCUGAAGAGGACAGAUUACGAGCCCCACGAGUUUCAAGGAGACCAGAGAAUUUGAGGCUUUUCAGAUAAGCUGCAACCCUUUUUAAUUUCUGACGAGAAAUAUUUUUGUAGUUUUGUACUUUUUUGAUUUUAUCUCUAUGCUUAACAAUUUGAAAUAUAAAUGAUAUAUUUAGUGAA